AUGGUCAACGGCGGCAUAGAGCUUUUACGGCGGAGGCGGCCCAGCCGAAGCGCACGAUGCUCGUCCGGCAACGGCAAACGAACACCGGCUGGCUGGCUGGCUUGCGGAGCCUCUCGCCCCAGCUCCGGCGGCGGCUUGCUUUACGCGCUCAACGGCAGCAGACAUUACAUUUACUUCCUUACUAAUUUGCUUUUUAUUCUUUCUCGCCAAUGCUUCUCUUCUUCCGUCUAUUCUUUUACGUCUUCUUUUUCAAACUGCUUUCAUUUACCAAGUUCCUCUUCUUUCUCUCUCUCUCUCUCUCUCUCUCUCUCUCUCUCUUUCUCUCGCUCACUCUCUCUCACUCUCUUUCUCUUUUGCAUUCAUCAUUCAUUUACAAUCUAUAUUUAUCUCUCUUCCUCACUGUCUGGGAUUUGUCUGUUUUCUUGCUUUAUACUUCAUUCCUUUUCACCCAUUUUCGCAAUCUAUCUAUCUAUCUAUCUAUCUAUCUAUCUAUCUAUCUAUCUAUCUAUCUGUCUGUCUGUCUGUCUAUCUAUCUAUCUCAAUUUGUUCAUAUCUAUCUAUAUAUUUAUCUAUCUCAGUCUGCCCAGAACUAACUCUGUUUAUAUCUAUCUAUCCCAAUUUGUUUAUAUCUAUCUAUAUAUCUAUCUCAGUAUCUAUCUAUCUAUCUACCUACCUAUCUAUCUAUCUCUAGUCGUAACUAUUGUAUGUAUGUAUGUAUGUAUGUAUGUACGUAUGUAUCUAUCUAUCUAUCUAUCUAUCUAUCUAUUAGUUUGA